AUGGCAACUCUCACAAUGACCGCCCCGCCACCCACCACCAAAAAAACACAUAAGAACAAUUCCAAGCUACUACCGGAAAAUGAACGCUUUAUGAGAGCUUGCUCUGAUAUCGCAAAUGCUCUAAUCCAAGAAUAUGAGGCGCAGAAAGAUCCUAUGGCGCCUAAAAAGGACAUCAAUCUCAACAAGCUUCGCGGCCAGAUCGCGAAGAAGCAUAAUCUAGGAAGUCAGCCUCCUUUAACCGCCAUCAUUGCAGCUGUUCCUGAACACUACAAGAAAUAUAUUCUCCCCAAGCUGAUUGCGAAGCCGAUUCGAACGUCUUCCGGAAUUGCCGUGGUCGCUGUCAUGAGCAAACCCCACCGUUGCCCCCAUAUCGCAUACACUGGUAACAUUUGUGUCUAUUGUCCCGGCGGUCCGGACUCGGAUUUCGAAUACUCUACACAGUCCUACACCGGUUAUGAGCCGACGUCGAUGCGAGCAAUCCGUGCCCGUUACGAUCCCUUCGAGCAAGCCAGAGGACGAGUCGAUCAGAUUAAGUCGCUUGGCCACAGCGUUGAUAAGGUUGAAUAUAUCAUUAUGGGAGGAACCUUUAUGUCUCUGCCGGAAGACUAUCGAGACUCCUUUGUUGCUCAGCUGCACAAUGCGUUAAGUGGCUACCAGACCGACAAUGUUGAUGAAGCUGUGCAAGCUGGGGAGAUGAGCAACAUAAAAUGUGUCGGCAUUACGAUUGAAACUCGUCCGGAUUACUGUUUGGAUACACACUUGAGCAGUAUGCUUCGGUAUGGUUGCACACGACUUGAGAUUGGUGUACAGAGUCUCUACGAAGAUGUCGCGAGGGAUACGAACCGUGGCCACACAGUUGCGGCAGUUGCAGAAACUUUUAAGCUCGCCAAGGAUGCUGGAUUCAAGGUGGUCAGCCAUAUGAUGCCUGACCUGCCCAAUGUCGGCAUGGAGCGCGACUUGUUUCAAUUCGAAGAAUAUUUUGAGAACCCAGCUUUUCGCACAGACGGUCUGAAGAUUUAUCCCACGCUCGUCAUUCGUGGAACCGGACUGUAUGAGCUGUGGAGGACAGGUCGCUACAAGAAUUACACCCCCAACGCGCUUGUCGACCUCGUUGCUCGUAUUCUCGCUCUUAUUCCACCUUGGACGCGUAUAUACCGUGUUCAACGUGACAUCCCAAUGCCCCUGGUCACUUCCGGCGUCGAAAAUGGUAACUUGCGUGAGUUGGCUCUAGCGCGCAUGAAGGACUUUGGUACGACAUGUCGAGACGUGCGAACACGCGAAGUUGGUAUCAAUGAGGUCAAGAACAAGAUUCGCCCCUCUCAAGUUGAGCUUAUCCGCCGUGACUACACGGCCAAUGGUGGCUGGGAAACGUUUCUUGCCUAUGAAGACCCCAAGCAGGAUAUUCUGAUCGGUCUGCUUCGUCUGCGCAAGUGCAGCCCUACACACACAUUCCGCCCUGAAUUUACCGGCCAGCAAACCAGUAUUAUUCGAGAACUGCAUGUGUACGGCUCAGCAGUUCCCGUUCACGGACGUGACCCUCGCAAGUUCCAGCACCGUGGAUUUGGAACACUGCUGAUGGAAGAGGCUGAGCGAAUCGCGCGAGAGGAGCACGGAAGCCAGAAAAUAAGCGUCAUUUCUGGCGUUGGUGUUCGAAGCUACUAUGCUCGCCUUGGAUAUACGCUGGAUGGUCCGUAUAUGUCUAAGAUGCUUGACCCCAUUGAAGAUGAAGUUUGA